AUGCGAGCUGUGCUUCCGACACUUAAACGGACAGCAGGAGAGCGGAAUAGUGAUGUUCGCAUUGUUCAUCCCUCCUCAAAGGAGCACUUCAACGCUCCAAAUGACGUGCACCUCCGCAAUGCCGAGGACUUCAAUGUUAAGUACAAAGAUUACUCGCUUGCUCAAUACCAGCGAUACUCACUAACCAAACUGACAGAAAUCGUGUUCGUAAAGGAAUUGCACAGAAGACUCAAUGCAGAGGGCGUUCCAAUCAUCGUGAUGGCCAUUCACCCAGGCGUCGUCAAUACAGAAGGAGUGCAGAAGUACGCACACUCCGUCGGGCCCAUCUUUUUCCCCAUCUACAGCUUCAUUACCAAUGCGUUUUAUGAGCAUCUGGAAAAAGGCAGCUAUGCUCGGCAUUUGCUGUUGUACUCUAUAGGGCCAGCGGUACAUGCUGAAUUGAGCAUCUUCCAUGGUGUGCACGUUAUCUCCUCGGGAAUGGUGUGCAAACCAAGCCGGUGGGCUGAGGGCCCCGAGUUACCGAAGGAGCUGUGA